CUCCGCGGACCGAGCAGAGUGGGGGGAUAACAAGGAAAAGUAACUCAAGAGGGACAAAACUCAUGGUGGCGGUGCACGGUCUUUAUAUUAAGGAAUGGGAAUGUUUUGCUUUCGGGACUACAGCCUGCAACUAAACUGCUGGACCUGCUGCAAGGAUUAUCCAUCGGCGUCUGGGUGCAUUUUAAAGUUGGAUUUGGAUAACCGUGCUCUUUAAAGUCUUUUUUUUUUUGGUGUGCAAACACAAAUUGGCGGCCACGCAAAGAAUGUAGCGUUGUAAUAACUUUUUUUUUUGUUCCUGGCCAGACUGGGAAUCACACUUUUCUUUUUUUUUUUUAAUUUAUCAGCGCGCGUCGGACACUCGGGAGGAGAAAGUUAGAAGUGUGUUCUAAAUGACUCAACUUGUGGUUUCGUUAACGAAUAGACUACCGAGGAGCAAGACGUUGGACAUGUUUUAAAUAAAGGUGUGUUUUCUAAUACUAAUACUAAUAUUCCAAUUUCCGAGGGAGAGAACUCGGCACCAUUGAAACUGGAUACAAAAUGGCGGCGUCCCCGGGACGAUUUGGAUAUACUUCUCCUUGUGUUUUUUACUUCUAUUUUUCACUCCAACUUUUAACCAAUCUUGGAUUGAGUUCCGAGUUACAGUGUGUCCAAAACUGUACCUGCAACGGAGAUUCGGUGGACUGCAGCAAUUUACAGCUGACAGCUGCGCCUGUGGACCUGCCCGUCCGGACAGUUUCCUUAAAUCUUGGCCACAACAAGCUUACUGCCAUCGAUGUGAAAGUGUUUGCCGACUUGCCCAAUUUACGAGAGCUGCGGCUGGACCACAAUGAGCUGACCUCCAUACCAGAUUUAGGACAGGCAGCCUCUAAGAUUGUAUCACUCUACCUACAUCAUAACAAAAUCAGUAGUUUUGAGGGUUUACGGACCGGAGACCUAGUUUCUUUGGAGACCUUGGACCUGAGCAAUAAUGACAUCACUGAACUACGAGGACCCUCCUUUCCUGCAGGCCUCCAGAUUAGAGAUUUGUACCUAAGCAACAACAAGAUCAGUGCAUUAGAGCUAGGAGCACUGGACCAUCUAGGCUCCACUCUCCAAGUCCUGAGAUUGAGCCGAAACCGCAUCAGUCAAAUCCCCGUGAGGGCAUUCCAGCUCCCGAGGCUCACCCAGCUAGAGCUGAACCGGAAUCGAAUUCGUCAAGUCGAGGGUUUGACCUUUCAGGGCCUUUCGAGCUUGGAGGUGUUGAAGCUGCAAAGGAACGGUAUCGGCAAACUGACUGAUGGUGCUUUUUGGGAUCUUGCCAAGAUGAAAGUCCUCCACCUGGACUACAACAGCCUGACAGAGGUGAACAGUGGAUCGCUGUACGGCCUGACUUCUCUUCAGCAGCUUUUCCUCAGCAACAACUUCAUAACCCGCAUCAAUCCUGAUGGCUGGAAGUUCUGCCAGAAGCUGAGGGAACUGAAUCUGUCACACAACAACCUGACUCGUCUGGAUGAAGGCAGUCUGGCUGUGCUGGGGGAUCUCCACACCCUCCGUCUGGGGCACAACUCAAUAAGCCACAUUGCUGAACGAGCCUUCAAAGGCCUCAGGGCUGUGCGCAACCUGGAGCUGGACCAUAACGACAUCUCCGGCACAAUAGAGGAUACCAACGGGGCCUUCUCUGGAUUGGAUAGCCUGAGCAAGCUAACUCUGUUUGGAAACAAGAUCAAGUCGGUGGCAGAGAAAGCCUUUGCUGGCCUAGAGACCCUGGAACACAUGAACUUGGGAGAAAAUGCCAUUCGCUCAAUUCAGCCUGAUGCUUUUAGCAAGAUGAAGAACCUCAAAACUCUUCUCAUCCAGAGCGACAGCUUCCUGUGCGACUGCCAGCUCCACUGGCUGCCUGAGUGGGUGGUGACUCGUGGUUUACAGGCUGGUGUCAAUGCCACAUGUGCCCACCCUCAAAGCCUUAAGGGUACCAGCGUUUUUCAGGCUCCAGCCAGCAGUUUUGUGUGUGAUGAUCUUCCCAAGCCUCAGAUCACAGUUCAGCCAGAAACCACCAUCACAGUUCUGGGAAGCAACGUGCGUCUUACCUGUACGGCUGCGAGCAGCAGCUCCUCGCCUAUGACCUUCGCCUGGCGCAAGGACCAGGAGCUGCUUCGCCAGGCCGAGACGGAGAACUAUGCCCACAUCCGCGCCCACCACCACGAUACGGCAUCUGACGGGACCGGCGGAGGCGCUGGAAGCGUGAUGGAGUACACCACCAUUCUGCACCUGCGGCAUGUCACCUUCGCACACGAGGGACGUUACCAGUGCAUCAUCACCAACCACUUUGGCUCUACCUACUCCAGCAAGGCCGGCCUCAUCGUCAACGUGCUGCCAUCUUUCGUAAAGACUCCCAGGGACAGCACCAUCAGGAUGGGCCAAACCGCCAGGCUGGAGUGCGCGGCCGAGGGCCACCCGGCGCCGCAGAUUGCCUGGCAGAAGGAUGGGGGCACCGAUUUCCCCGCCGCCCGCGAGCGGCGAAUGCACGUCAUGCCCGACGACGACGUGUUCUUCAUCACGGAAGUCAAGCCGGAAGACACGGGCGUGUACUGCUGCACCGCCAAAAACACGGCGGGAACCGUGUCCGCUAACGCCACACUCACCGUACUAGAAACCCCGCACCUGGUCCAGGACCUGGAGAACCGCAGCGUGGCGGUAGGCGACACGGUGGCUCUGCAGUGCAAAGCGCUGGGCAGCCCGCCGCCCCGCAUCACCUGGCAGCACAACGACCAGCCCCUGCGCCCCUCCGACAAGCACCACUUCACCCCCGGCAACCAGCUGCUGGUCAUCGGCGCCGCGUCGCUGGAAGACGCCGGCCGCUACACCUGCCUCAUGUCCAACAUGCUGGGCACGGAGCGAGCUCACAGCCACCUGGUGGUGACUCUGCGCCGCAGCCCCUGUGCGCCGCCGGCCGGGCUAAGUACGGUCACAAUAGGCAUCAUUGUCAUCGCCGUGGUGACCAGUAUCGUGGUGACUUCCCUGGUGUGGGUGUGCAUCAUCUACCAGACCAGGAAAAAGAGUGAGGACUGCAGCGUCACCAACACAGAUGAGACAAUUAUCCCCCCCGACGUGCCGAGCUACCUCUCCUCUCAGGGAACUCUGUCCGAGCGUCAGGACGUUUGUAUCCGAGUGGAGCCCGCAAGCGGACCCCAGCCCAACGGACACGUCGUAGAAUCAUCAGGCUUCGACGCUCCGGCGCUGUGCUCAGACUGCAUGGAGACGGGCAACCGGUACUCCAAAGACCUGGACUACCAGACGCACGACUUCGCCCCGGCAAAGGUCACCGAGUACCACCAGCACGCCGCGCCCCCGCCUUACUCCCACUGCUACCCGGGAGAGCACCCGCCGCCGCCGCCGCUCUGUAACGGCGUCCGAAAGGACUCUCAAGGAUUUUCCGACCACCCCGGUGGUAGAAAAGGUAAAGACGGCGGACAUCUCGAGUGUGGAGACGAACAUCGUGUUGCCGACACUUUCUUCUCCACGUCCGCAGCGAGCGGAGCGGGAGGAACGUCGCCAGCGUACUCGUCAAAGGAGGAUUCUUAUCACCCUCCGGUGAAGCUGACGAGCCGCGGGCACGUCGACGGCGACCCCGAGCUCAGACUGACUCUUUUGUCUAACGGACACGCCCUCGGAGCGUCGCCCGGUGAGAGCGCCCCCCUGAGGAGAGCCAGCGACUAGCAGCCGGACUUUUCUUCCUUUUGCACUGGGACAUAAACUGCUACCUCAUAUCGAGGCGAAAACGGUACCUCCGAGAUCUUUGGGGGGGGGCGGGGCAUCCGGAGUUUGAAGGCGGAGCUUGUGUGGGUGGCGUCCCAUCUGAGCGUUACGUGCUGUACAUAUUUAAGCAACCUUCCGUUGGGAGGUGACCAGUAAAAAUACAAAAAUGUGACUAGCAUUUGGAGCGUGUAAAUGUACAGUAUGUGAACGUGCAGGGACAGACUGUACAUAAGAGUAUUCUUAUAUUAUAUAUUAUAUCACUUUUACAAAACAAAAAAAAAGAAAAAAAAAAAAGAGUAUUUGGAUUUAUGUGCAUGACAAAGAAAGGAGUGUUUAUUUUUCUUCAAAAAAACAAAAAAAAAACUGCCCUUUUCAGCUUUUUACCAACAAUCAGCUGUGGUGCUUUUGUUGCAUGUCAAAGAAAACAACUUUGUUGAGAGUGCAAAUAAACGUUGAAGUCAUCCAGUUGGUCACUUCUGUGCACACAUGAUGCUCCUUUGUGUCUGUGGGGGUCUCGGGAGGACCAGCUGUGGUCUUGGGGAGCCAAACUUAAAGCACUUUGGGCCUGAUCUACUAAGAUCCAAACUGGGUAUUACGUGUGAUCUACUAAGACUGCGCGUACAAACGAUAACAAAAGUGGUGCGGACCGCCUUACUUAAGUGAGGUUUUUGUGUGUACUACACGGUCGUCACCAUGGAGACACUCAUUUAAAUGCACAUCCAUGUUAUCUUACCACUUUUUAUGAGCAUUUUAGAAAAAGUCCUGCAGUGCAUCUACAUUGGAACCCACUUUAACAUGCUGAUGGAAAAAGUUAAAGUACCAAUGAUAGUCACACACACACACACACACACUAAGUGUGGCGAAAUUAUUCUCUACAUUUGACCCAUCACCCUUGAUCACCCCCUGGGAGGUGAGGGGAGCAGUGGGCAGCAGCGGUGGCCGCGCACAGGAAUCAUUUUUGGUGAUUUAACCCCCAAUUCCAAGAUGCUGGUACUAAGUAUGAAUGCUCAAGUCACAAGAAAAUGCACAUUGCAAGAAAUGUUUUCUUUUCACAUAGAUGUUAACUCCAUCCAUUUUCCUUAUUCCCUUCGGGGUCGCGGGGGGCGCUGGAGCCUAUCACAGCUACAAUCGGGCGGAAGGCGGGGUACACCCUGGACAAGUCGCCACCUCAUCGCAGGGCCAACACAGAUAGACAGACAACAUUCACACUCACAUUCACACACUAGGGCCAAUUUAGUGUUGCCAAUCAACCUAUCCCCAGGUGCAUGUCUUUGGAGCUGGGAGGAAGCCGGAGUACCCGGAGGGAACCCACGCAGUCACGGGGAGAACAUGCAAACUCCACACAGAAAGAUCCCUUGCCCGGGAUUGAACUCACGACUAGUCAGGACCUUCGUAUUGUGAGGCAAACGCACUAACCCCUCUUCCACCGUGCUGCCCAGAUGUUAACUCUUCUACGUAAAACAAAACACCAGCAAACAUCAAAACACAGCCAUUUAACUUGUUUUAAUCAGUCACUGAAGUCAUCCAGCUUCUGUAAAAUUAGAAAAUGAUAUUGCUGAAAUGACAAUAUGUCUUAAUAUUUUUAUUAGACAUAUUGGCACCUUUCUGGCAGCAAUUUACGCACAACUGCCGGUUUGUGCGUCCUUUCUAGACGCACUAAAUAUUGACGCAAAUCACAUUGCACGUGCUAAAUACUUCAUUUGCAUGUUCUCCUCACGGUAUUGUGUGCGUUCUGACCAUCAGCGUAUAAUCUGCAUACCGUAUUUUUCGGACUAUAAGUCGCAGUUUUUUUUCAUAGUUUGGCCGGGCUCCAGUGCGAUUUAUAUGUUUUUUUCCCGUCUUUAUUAUGCAUUUUCGGCAGGUGCGACUUAUACUCCGAAAAAUAAGAUACUUACGCUAAAUGGAUUGCAGUCCUUAUUUUGCUCACCAACGUUUAAGUAGAUCCGCUUCGCACGUGCUGUUGAGUUGGCACAUGUUUUAGUGCGUGCAAACCUUACAGUGGAUCAGGCCCUUCGUGUUUGCUCCCUUCAUAGUCAGGACCGGUUACCAUUUUUUUAAACACUUCACCUCGAUCUGCUGCUAAAAAACAAAAAAAUAGGUUGAAAGUUAACUUUUGUGUUCUUUUUGUUGCAGCUGUAAAGUGAUCCAACACGCACACACACACACACACACACACACACACACACACACACACACACACACACACACACACACACACACACACACACACACA